AUGCACAAUUUCUAAGGUAUUUAUAAUUCUUAAUUACAAAAGUAUUGAUUAAAUUCAUCCAAGUUUGUUUUUUUAGACUAAGUGUAGAAAGUCUUGGAUCAGUGAUAUCAACUUAAAGUUCGAUAAGUGGUGGUGUUUAACCAGAAUAUUUACAUACUAGUUCUAUUACUUAUUAACAUAAUAGAAGAACAUUUUGGAUAUAUCUUUAUUCGGAUUAUGGAGGAUUAAUAUCAUUUAAAUUAAGCAUCGUUAAAUGUUAGUAUGAAUGUGGUGGAUGCAUUGAAAAUUAUCCUAGAUUUUGCUUAUAAAGGAAACUUCAUUAAUAUUCACGAAAUUCGAAUUAUAUCACCACAAAUUGGUGGUCUUAUUAUUCAAUUUUGAAAGAAGUAACUACUAAUGUAGUUUUUUGCGACUUGCUGAUAUUUUCUUAAAUUGAAUAUUAAACAUAGCUUCCUCCUCAGCAGUUUGUAUUAAUAAGGUUUUUAAAUAUGAUGUAAAGAUUAUAAUUGUAGACUAUAUUUAAUAGAAAUAUUAAUCAAAGAUCAACAUGAUCCUAUAUAAUAACUGAAUUUUAAGUCUUCAUCUUUGAGUUACAUGAGAGAUUUUGAAGCAUUUUAUACUGAGCCAGAAAUAAUGUUUAAGAAGUUGAAUGAGGGUUGUUUUGAAUAAAUUGAUACUAGAUUCAUGAUUUGUUAAGAAAGUUGGAUUUACAAUUGGUUUCUUGAAAAUUGUCAUCCAAUUUGUGGCGAUAAAGGAUAAGUAUGUCAAACAAGUAAUUGUGAAGUUUCAGAAAUAAUAAUAAAUAAAUUCAAUGACAGUUCCUUAGAGUAAAUUGAUACUAGAUACCUUGAUUUGCAAAGAAGUUUUUGAUUUAAAAGUAGUUUUUGAAAAUUGUCGUCCAAUUUGUGGUGAUGGAGUUAUUCAAGGAUAAGAAAAAUGCCAUGAUGCUAAUCUGAUAUCUAAUGAUUUUGUUAUUAAUGUGAAUUUUCAUGUAUAAACUUUUGCAAAACUUGUGAAUUUGGAAUUUGUUUUGAAUGUAUUUAUGGAGAUGAUCAUAAUGCUGAUUUUAAUUGUGUCCCUAUGCGUGGAGCUGGCAAUUUAAUUCCCUAUUCGGCUGAAUAAUGCGAUCUGA